CAUUCAUUACCAUUCGUUGCCAUCAUAUCCAUCCCGUACUUACUUUUUAUUUACCUUUUACUUAGUUUCGUUUCAGCUUUAAAAUGCAGUCCUUAGUUUCGGUUGGUGUAAUUUUUGCAGCCAUAUCUAUCUCUUGUCUCUACGCCCUCUCUAUUCGACAGGCUCCUGGAUACGGUGGAUAUGCUCCUGUUGGAUAUGCUCCCGUUGCUCCAGUUUACAAAAAAAAGCCUGCACAAGAUUUAAGUAAAAUUCCAGGGACUCCGGGAGUGGAUUACCCGUUGUAUCAUACAGUUCCACAGACCAGCUUCCACUGUGGGAAUGUGCCCUAUGCCCCAGGCAUGUACGCCAACGUGGAGACAGGAUGUCAGGCCUAUCACGUGUGCCAUGACGGUCGAGAGGGUGAGCAGGGCGCUUCGUUCCUUUGCACGAACGGAACCCUCUUCAACCAGCGUGAAUUUGCCUGCGAUUGGUGGUACAAUGUCAAUUGUCAAGAGGCGCCUUCCCUAUAUGCAUUGAACGCGGACCCUGCUCACAACCCAUUCGAGCCGAAGAAGAAGGCCGAGAGUGCGUACGUAGCUCCAGCUCCGGCUUACGCACCUAGUCCAUACGCAGCACCCAUUGCGGCAUAUCCGUCACCAGCUCAUCACGCAUAUCCCGCGGCAGAUUACUAAAAGUAAUCCUCUGGGAACAUUGAAACCCACCGCAAACCCGAUUCUACAUUGCUGCUCAAUCACCCCGGAAUAACAGAAUAAAACAACCUAAAAUGGAGAUUAAGAGCAUGCAUAUUAUCGUUUCAAAGAUGCGGAACGUAACUUCAUUCCAAGUUUGCAAAAUUGACCCAAAAACUUUCUCAUGCAAAACAAAUAACAUUUAAAAGAAGAAACCAAGCUUGAUCGCACUGUUUCAAAAUUGUGUAUCUUCAUCAUUUCAUGAAAAAAAGAAAAUGAAAUGCUUAGAAUGGCAAAAGGGCUGUCGUUUUGCUACCCGAAAAUUGUUCAUUUUAAAGGAAAACGAUCGCACACACAUUUUAUCGAUGAGCAUACAUAUGAGGACAUAUAUGUAACAAUGGCGGUCGCUGACAUCCACCAUUUUUAGGGUAAACGCUUUUUUCGAAAUUCAGAGCCUCCAAGAAUGCCUGUGCAAAGUUUUCGACUUCCAGCGCAAUUUUUCGGCGAGAUACGAACUGAAAAACAUGUUAUUUGUAAAAACAGCGGAUGUGAGAAUCCACUGUUUUCCCCGGCCGGCCCGGCAGGACACUGUGGAGAUUCGAACCCACUUGCGAUAACUGCCACUCCACCGACCAUGUGCUGUAGCUGAUACUCAAAUUGUACGUAUCAGGACCGUCUCGCCAGAAUUGUUGAAUUUUUAACGGAUUUUAGAAUUUGUUCCUUGUUUUUGUUGUAAAAGUUACAGACGGUUUAGUUUCUUGUUCAAUUUUGUUAAAUGACUCAGCAUUGACUUACUUUUGGUUCAUUUCAAUCGUUUCACCAGCCUUAUACCCUUCCUGAAAACUUCGUUUCAUGCAUAAAAAAGUGUUUGCAGUAAAAAUAGCGGAUGUCACAUUUUUUUCAAAUCGCUGUUACUCCUUCAAUUUUUCACUUACAUAUAUCGUGGAACGUACGCCUUUUACCGGAGGAGUUGCUCUUCAUGAAAAUCUUUAUAAGAAUCCUCUCGGUUCUACGGGCGGAAAAGUGCAAAGCUUCAAAAACUUCAAACGCGAUUUUCUCACAAUGUAAAAACUCGACGUCCGCUAUUGUUACAGAUAAGUCCUCAUAUAAUAAUUUUUAAUAUAAAGAAGAAGAAGCACUAUUUGAAGAGAUUGGAGUCGGGCUAGUUCCUUCCUGUAAAUGCAUUCCAAACAUGACUGCUCGCGCCUCUGUCCGAAAGUAAUUUUUGUGUGUAAUUAGAAGAAAAAUCAGGAAAAUUUUAAGUUAGAAACGCUCAACAGUUUUCCAGUAACAUGGAAAUUGCGAUUAAUAAUUUUGCAACGGUGUAGUGCAGUUACUUUCACUCAAUUAGGAACCGAUGUGAACGGAUUAUUGAAAAUAUAUGAUCAAUACAACAAGACAAGACCAUCCUCAAUCUUAACCAUGCAAUAGAUCUCAUUUCAAUAUCUUGUUGUUUUAACAAGUAUUUCAAUAAGCGACCCGCUUGGACGUUACGAGCACAAAGGAUUUGUUUUUUUUUGCUCAUAAAGGGAAAAUAAUGAAUACAUUAGGACUUAGAGCAUACAAUGCGAGUCCGACAAUGCAAUAUACUUUUCAACCUUUCUGCUUAGGAUACAUAAGAGUCCAUUUAAAAAUGCAAAACCUCUAAAUUCAUGAGGAAACUAAAGGAAUCGUGAAUAGCCAUGGGGUUUGAAGAUUAAUCGCCUUAAAUAGCGUAAACUUCUUGAGUACAAUAUGCCUGUGCCAUUAAUUUUGAUCAAAAUCUGAUACUGCGUAUGAUAACAUCACACUAGGCGUUAAUCAAGGAGGAAAAUGUGUGACAAAUCCUUAAAACUUCAUCCAGAAAACUCUGUAGACCCGUCAGUGGCAUGCUGAGGUGGAAACUUAACUUUAUGUUCAAUUUUGAGGCCCCAGCCUAAGGCGACUUUCAAAAGCUUGUUGUACUGUAAAAUAAAAAAGCCGUAUCACGAUAUAUUUUAUGGAUUUUUUUUUUUUGUUGGGUCGAAUGACUCAGUGAAUGAGGAGGUUUUUCACUUUCGAUGGAUAUGUUUUUCCAGAAAAAUGUUAAUAUUUAUUAUUCAAUGUAUCUUUUUCUUCCUCUUACUGCAUUUGUCGUCAAACAUUUUGAAAAUCAAGAAUUUUCCAGAACCUGUAAAGCAUCAUGUGAUAGGGUGUGAAUUACUAAGCACUAAAAAGCAUCGUCAGUUACUUUGUGGAAGGGGUACGGACCUCUAUUCCCUAAAUUACGAGAAGAAAAAUCUGUUGUUGACCCGAAUUUUUCUUUUUACGAUCAACGAAAGAUGUUGACUCUCACCUUCCAAUAAUGCUGAGCUCCACAUGUUAAAUACUUUACGCAUGCUACUGCUGUAUACAUAUGUAUAUAAUGUUGCUCACGCAAUACGCAUGGUUAGUUGGUAAAUACGAUAAUUUUGUGUUCCUAUAAAAUUAAAAAAUAGUGUCGAUGGUAAUACAACCAAUUCCGGCGGUCUUUAAGCAUCAUUUAUCUAUAUUUGUUAAAAAUGUUACUGUCAUUAUUUCAUAAUUUAUUUUUUCAUACCGUAAUUCUUUUUCUAUGCCUGCCAUUCGUCCAAACACGUGAAGUGCAAUAAAGUUUUAAAAUUAAGUUUCUAA